UCUGUGUGUCUCGCUUGUUUGACAGGACUGAGGUUCUCAGUUUGAAGAGACAGGCAGAGUCUGACCAUCCGAUCCCUCAUGACCUGCUGCUCCUCAGAACGAAUGGUGACCUGAACAGAAAUGGCCGGAUCAGGAGUGUGUUGUGCCAGCCUGGAGGAACCCAAGGCCCUGAUGAAGAUGGGCCUCAGCGUGCUCCUGGUCGGCCAUGUGAACUUCCUGUUGGCGGCACUCGUGCACGGUGUCGUGCUCAGACACAUCAACCUCCACAAGCAGGCCCGGGCCAUGGAGUACGCCAUCUCCAACGUGGUGGCUCUCACUUCCGGCCUGGUGGGUGUGAUCGUUGGUAUCCUGACGAUUAUCCUGUCCAAGAACAGGAGACGCCGGAGCCUGACGUGGGCCGUGUUCGCGAUCAGCCUGCUGGCGGCCCUGAUGGCGGCGGCCUCGGUCGGCCUGUCCGUGUCCAUCGUCAGGGCCAUCAUACACGGCGGGCGGAGCCUCCUGACGCACUGCCGCUCCCACGCCAUCGGCUACUCCAGCGUCACCAACGAGUGCCCCUUCGACCCCACGCGCAUCUACAGCACCACUCUGAUCCUGUGGGUUCCCCUCAUCGUGACUUGUCUGAUCCAGUUGGUGUACUCGGCCCUGCUCGCCACCUGCGUUUCCUUCUUGGGCCUGCCUUGCUGCAGCACUCGGAGCAGAUCCACAGACUACGGCCGGCCGCCGCAGCAGCAUCGCCCUCGCCAGCACCACAGCCUCACUCCGCCGGAGAUGCAGCCUCUUCGCCAGCCGCAUGGCGACCGGUCGAGCAGAGAGAGGCAGGAGACCCAGGACCGGCAGCCGUCAAAGGGCGCGGAGCAACACCAGCUGCUGCAAAGGGGGGCCAUGGAACGGUCCAGCUUCUGGAUCUAG